AUGGACGCUGCCGCCACGAAGCUGCAGUGCAUGUACCGGGCGCGCCUUGCGCGUCGGGCGGCCUGUGCCAAGCUGCAGACGGUCGUCCAGCGCUACUACGACGCCGACUCGGGCAUGUAUUACUACUACAACGCGAGCACGCAAGCGAGCACGUGGGUCAAGCCCAAGCUGCUUGGCAGCGACGACGCACCGCUCGGCGCAGUUAGCCAAGACCUCGCGACAACUAUCGACGAGCCCACUGCGCACGUCGGUGACGCAAUUGACGCUGCGCCAACGGAAAACAACCGCGCCGAGGAUGGACCACCGCCUGGACAUGAGCUCGUUGCGGAUCGACCGCCGACCGAGAGCGAGACACACGGCGACGCGUCCGAGGUCGUGCGUACGACAGAGAAGGCCGCGACGUCAACCGACGACGAGCGCCGCAAGUCGCAGCACCUGAACGCCAGCGCUGCCAACCCGUACUCGGCGGACGAGUUGCGCAUGAUUGAAGAGCAGUUCCGCAAGUUUGAUACGGACGGCAGCGGCGAAAUCAGUCUCGACGAGCUCCAAGCCAUGCUGCAUUCGUUUGGCGACAUGGUCACCAAGGACGACAUCCAGACGCUUGUGGACACGGUGGGCAUUGCCAGUACCCACAUCAACUUGUCGCAGUUCAUGGCCAUUUUGCAUCACCAGCGCGAGCACGACGCGUACUGUCCGUCGAUCGAGCUUGCGCUCAUGUUUGGGCCCGACGAGAUCGCCAACCUUCGCGCGCAAUUCCAAGCCAUUGACGCGGAUGCCAGCGGCGAGAUUGACGAGAGCGAACUCGCAACGCUCAUGAAGAACCUCGGGCAAAAUCCACGCGCGAUGGACCUCAAGGCCAUCAUCCACGAAGUGGAUCGGGACGGCAACGGCACCAUCAACUUCAACGAGUGCGUAGAAUUCGCCGCGCUUCUGGCCCUCGGCGUGGCCAAGGGCCUUCUCACCGACCUUGGCGACGUGCUCGCCGCCACGAAGAACAAGGUGUCCAUGUGGAACGCCAAUCGGCUGGCCGAAGAGAGGCGGCUGCGGGCCAGACGCGAGCGCGAGCUCGAACUCGAACGUCAACGCCGCGAAGCCGAAGCGCGCGAGCAGCAGAUGUAUCAAGACGAACUCGACCGUCUCGACGCGCUUGCGCGAGAGCGUCUCACCAUGGUGCCUGGUCUGCGCCACGAAGUGCUUCUCGAAGGGCACGCCUUCCUGCACGACAAGGAAAACUACCCGAACCGCGGCCAGUACGCUCGUGUGCACUACGUUGGCGCGUUUGAGAACGGCAAAGUCUUCGAGUCGUCGCGGACGCGGGGCGGGGCGCUCGAGUUCAAAGUGGGCUGUGGCCACGUCAUUGAAGGGUGGGAUGUGGCGCUGCUCCGCAUGAGCGUCGGGGAGACUGCUCGCAUCACGUGCGCGCCCAAGCUCGCGUACGGGGUCAAAGGGCGGCCGCCCAAGAUUCCGGGCAACGCCACGCUCGUCUUCACCAUCGAACUCAUCGCGAUCAAGGAGAAGGUCGUUCGCAGCGGGGAUGACGACGGCAGCGACGACGACAGUUGAUGCUCUACGAUGCAAACAACGACGACUGUUGCUGCUGCUGUUGUUGUUGUUGUUGCUGCUGCUGGCUCCAGUAGUACAUGAGCGCUUGUUCUUGG